AUGGCGUCGGUCGGCGCCGGGGUGCAUCUCAUCUGCAGGCGGGCAGCAGGCAGGAGCUCAGCGGUGGAGAGGAGGAACCUGCUGACGGUGUGCAGGUUUUCAGUGAAGACUAUGCUGGACCGCUCCUGUUUUGAGACAAUAGAUGACUCAUGUCCAGACUUCACAAACUUUGUCUCCAUCCUGGAGCACAUCCUCAGUCAUCGACUCAAAGGUCACACAACUUGGUUUGGCUAUGAGAGUCCUCGGAAUUUUUGGGAUUAUAUAAAGGUAGCCUGCAGUAAAGUCCCUCAUAAUUGUAUCCGAAGCAUCGAGAGCAUGGAGAACGUGCGAUCAUCGAGAGCUAAGGGCAGGGCAUGGAUCCGAGUGGUUUUGAUGGAGAAAAGACUGUCAGACUACAUCUCAUCUGCACUGAGGGACUUCAAAACCAACAGGAGGUUUUAUGAGGACGGAGCGAUCAUGCUGGGAGAGGAGGCGUGGCUGUUGGCGGACACGCUCAUCGGACUCAACACCAUCGACUUCAGCUUCUGUCUGAAAGGAGAAGGUGUGGACGGCAGCUGCCCCUCCGUGAUCGACUACACGCCUUACCUGAAGUUCACUCAGAGUGCAGACAGCAUCAGCAGUGAUGAGGAGGAGAUGAGGACUCUGGGGAGCAGUGGCAGUGAGAGCAGCACCCCUGACAAAGUGGCUACCGCUGCUUCCAUCUUUACCGAGCAGAGCAACUUAGUCACCAAGUGCAAACGCUUUGAGCAGAAGUAUCGCAUGGCACUGGAGCAGAAGGGUUACCUGGAGGAGCUGGUCCGUCUCCGUGAAGCCCAGCUGUCGGAGGCUGUGUCUCAUAACAAAGCUCUUCAGCAGAGCCUAGCAGACACACACCUCUCCCACACAGUGGAGAAAGAACAGCUUGAGUACAUCAUCCUUGAACUUCAGGACCAACUGACAGUGCUGAAGAACAAUGAUUUGCGGUCCAGACAGGAGUUGACAGCCCAUCUGACUAAUCAGUGGCCGUCUCCUGAUACGCUGGAUGCCAACGCCGUCGCCUUGGACACACUUCUGUAUCGAAAGAACACCGCACAGUGGGAGGAUAAGAGUUUCCAGAGUCUGGAGCAGCUGUCUGCAGACAUGAGCCUCUCACAAACUUCCCUGGAGCGGUCUCACACACUAAGUCUGGAAGCCAGAACAGCCGGCACACACUGGCCCCGCCAAGGUAAAGAGGAAACUCCAUCUCUCAGAGGUCUGUGUGGCUCCCUGACCUCAGUCGCUAGCUACAAGUCUCUGGUCAGCCUGAAGUCCAGUGAGUGUUUGGCCAGUCCCGCCACAGAGAUCAGCAGUCCAGGCAUCACCCCUUCAUAGGGGAACCAACAACUGGAUGACACAUCACUGACAGGGACCAGACAA